CCCGCGCCACAGCGCGGCUAGUGUCGCGGUGCGGACAGUCGGUGGCGCGCUGCUCCUCAGCAUGUGCGGUGCCGAUGUGGAGGAGAUUCAUGCUUCCGAGUCAUAAGCAGAAGCGCAUUCAGCGGCUUGUGAGACUGGGUGUGGACGACGGCCAUGAAGCCGACUGCGCGACGGAGAACGUGUCGGAGCGGCGGCGGGAGCGCUCCGUGCGUGGGGUGCUGGCGGCGCUGGACCAGGACAGCCUCAAGGUGCUGCACGACGUGGUGCAGAGUCGCGGCGCCUGCCAGGGCGCGUGCGUGGUGCUGUCACAGAGUGAGUGCUCGCUGCGGUGGCGGUGCGCGGCCGGCGUCGUGGCUUUGAUGUGCCGCCACUUCCGCUGGCCCGAGCUGGACGGCGACGGCCGCCUCAAGAGGCUGGCCGUGUGCAAGGCUGGGCAGGAUGAGCGCGGCGUUUGUGUCAACCCGUACCAUUGGAGCCGGCUGCACAGGCCAGACGCGUCGGCGCCAAUUGCUAGCGCCAAACUGCGUGCCCGCCUGCGGUCGUCCAACUCUCCCGAUGAGUGCGAGUCGGCCGAGCCGCAGUCAGUGACGACGGGCGGCACAUGUCAGUACGGCUCCAUCUCCAGCCUGGACGGCACCAGCUUCAGCACCUGGUGCCGGCUGGUGUACUUCGAGCGGCGGCGACGCGUGGGCCAGGUGGGCGGCUGGAGCGUGCGCGCGCCCGUGCAGCACGUCUUCUACAACCUGCCGCACGAGGACGGCCUGGCGUUGAGCGCGGUGGCCGCCCAGAACCCGCAUCCGGAGCCGGAUGUGGUGCGCACGCGGCAGCACAUCGGUAAAGGCCUCUCGCUGACGCUGGAGUCUGACGGCGUGUGGCUGUACAACCGGAGCGAGCGGCCGCUGUUCGUGUCGUCGCCGACGCUGGAGCCGGCCGACGCGGCCUGCUCCGAGGCGGUGCACAAGCUGCCGUCCGGCUUCUCGCUGUUGGUGUUCGAGCCGCGCCGCGCGGCCGGCUGCCGGCGGCGCACGACUCCGCCGGCGGCCGGGCCGGCCGCGCUCGGCGCCGUCUCGGUCAGCUUCGCCAAGGGCUGGGGGCCGCGCUACAGCAGGCGCGGUGUGGACGAGUGCCCGUGCUGGAUGGAGCUGUGGUUCUGCGGCCCGGCGCUGCCGCCGGCCGAGCCGCCGCCGCCGCCCCCGCCGCCUCCCCGCUAGUCAGCCGCUGUCCGGCCCCCUCUCCUGCCCCCCCCCCCCCGCACCGCACGCCCGCCGCCGGGGCGCCAGUGUUUUACCGCCGGACGAGGUGCUGCCAACGUAUUUCCCAGACGGCUGUAACCAGUACUUCCUUGGACGUGCCUUCCGGAGUGGGUGGUGCCGCGCGCCGGGGCGGUGUCUGCGUGAGCAGGCGGGCCGCCCCUCGCAGCUAGCCGGACAUGAACCCCCCGCUGAGGGGGCGGGGUCAGAGUCAGCCGGCGCCGGCCGGCCUCGGCCCGCUAUUGUUUGUGAGAGACGAUAUUGCGUUAUGUACAAAAUUUUAUAUAUGGUGAAUACAUUUGAUACUGUGACAUGCCA